AUGGGCGAAAAACCAAAGCUCGUAACAAUCGACCCAAACGGCGACAUGUUAAUCAAGCUCAAAUACCGGAGUACAACGCAGUCGAAGUGGAAAAACGAGAGCGAAUCCGUGGACAAUUGGAUCGCCCAGGCAGAGGCCGCCAAAGCGAUGAUCGAGAACGAGACUGCGCAACCGGAGCAGAAACCCACCGAAGUCCACUACCUCGUAUCCUCGCGCCAGUUGCGCAUCGUGUCACCUUACUUCGAAAAAAUGUUCAAACGGAACUACGACGAGACUGUUCCGAAUAGCGAGGACGGUCUAUAUCACGUACGAGCGCAGCAGUGGAACCCGCAUGCCCUUGCCAUCAUGCUCAACAUUGCGCAUCUGCAGUUCGCGGCUAUACCGAAGGAAGUCAGCGUGCAAUUGUUUGUUGCGCUGUUCCUGGUUGCAGAUUACUACCAAAUGGAGGAUGCGUUGAGGUUGUUUACGAAAGAGUGGCAGGGUCAGCUACAGGAGCAGUCGAUUCCCGAAUGUUACGGCGAAGAGUCGAUGCUGUGGAUGUUCUUGGGUGUGAAGUUGAAGGAUGGGAUGAUAUUCCAUACCAUGGCGUCUAUGGCAAUGAGGCAGGCGUGUCAUCCGAUACAGUUCUUGGAUCUGCCUUUCCCACGCGGUGAAAAAGGUGUGGGUAAGCUGGACAGAAUGAGGUGCAAAGCUAUCCAAGAGCUACUGGCUGGCGCCCAAGAGCUCAACCAAGAUCUAUACGAGGGCAACGCAGGAUGCGAUUUCGGAUGUUCGGCGACGAUGUUGGGAUUCCUACAAAAAAGCUUGUGGGACCACAAGCUGCUGAGUCGCAUCGAGAAACAUGACCAACAUCCUUUCGAAGGACUUUCAUUCGAUGUGCUCUACCAGAACUUGUGCGAGAUCAAGAACGUCGUUUAUGUUCAGAGUUCCGGUAUCCUUGUGCGGGCCGGUUGUUGUCAAAUUUCCGACAUUCUUCUUCCAAUCUGCGAAGAAGCCGAAGCUCACCUGGAGUUGGACUUUUCGUCGUUUUGA